UUGCCAUGCUUUUCCCCCCACAGCUGGCUUUGGGGGCUGCGAACGCUCCACAGCUCGCAGGUCACAUGGCCUGCCAGAGCCUGGGUACUCCGUGAGCGAGCCGCGCCUCGGGAGGAGGUGAGGCUUCGGCAUGCACCCAAACCUCUCUUCCGAGGCUUCAGGGUCGGGAGAUGGCUCCUCCGUGGGGAUGAGCUAGACAAGCCUAGGAGAUACCAGCAGCCGCUUUCCGCUUGCGCAGGGGACAGUGUUAAUCGCUCCCACCGGGUAGGUUUCCGCUGCGCAAGAUCUGCCCAGCCCCAUUGGUAUCACGACCCGAGCGCCCACCUCGGAGAUGACUCCUUCAGAGCAAGGGUAAAAAGAUUAGGGUUCCCGCGGCGGGCACGCAGAGAGCAGACGCAGAAGCUGGCGCCGCCAGGGAAGGCCUGCUCCCACCGCGGUGCCCUCUGGGCAGGCAGGCUCCCGCACGGCCCCGCUUGUGGCGCUGCCUGCGGUUCGCCUGAAAACUGCGGGGACCCCAAAAGGGCGCCCCUCGAGUGGCUGGGCCGGCAUCCGCACAGGGAUGACUGAGUGUCGCAGCGGGGGAGCCUCCCUACCCCUCGCCCUCUUCUGUGGCUUCGCGAGGCCGACGGAAAGUCGCGAGCCAGGCGUAUCCGAGUCCAGGUUUGAUUUGCACUGACUUUGGCCUGCGGUCCAGGAUGCUUUGUUCUUGGGACCAGACCUGACCAGAAGUUGACCUCAUGAGCACCUCAACCUCUCCAGCUGCCAUGCUCCUCCGGAGGCUGAGGCGGCUCUCCUGGGGCAGCACUGCUGUCCAGCUCUUCAUCUUAACGGUGGUGACAUUUGGCCUGCUGGCUCCUCUGGCCUGUCACCGGCUUCUGCACUCUUACUUCUACUUGCGCCACUGGCAUCUGAACCAAAUGAGCCAAGAGUUUCUGCAGCAAAGCUUGAAAGAGGGUGAAGCUGCCCUUCACUACUUUGAGGAGCUGCCCUCUGCCAACGGCUCAGUGCCCAUUGUCUGGCAGGCCACGCCCCGCCCCUGGCUGGUCAUCACCAUCAUCACUGUGGACAGGCAACCUGGCUUCCACUAUGUCUUGCAGGUGGUGUCCCAGUUCCACCGGCUACUUCAACAGUGCGGCCCCCAGUGCGAGGGCCACCAACUCUUCCUGUGCAAUGUGGAGCGGAGUGUGAGCCAUUUUGAUGCUAAGCUGCUGUCCAAGUAUGUUCCCGUGGCCAACCGCUAUGAGGGCACUGAGGAUGACUAUGGCGAUGACCCUUCGACCAACUCGUUUGAGAAAGAGAAGCAGGACUAUGUCUAUUGCCUGGAAUCCUCCCUGCAGACCUAUAACCCAGACUAUGUCCUGAUGGUGGAAGAUGAUGCCAUUCCAGAAGAACAGAUCUUCCCAGUCUUGGAGCACCUUCUGCGGGCUCGCUUCUCUGAGCCACAUCUCAGAGAUGCCCUUUAUCUAAAGCUCUAUCACCCCGAGAGGCUCCAGCACUACAUCAACCCAGAGCCCAUGCGGAUCCUGGAGUGGGUUGGUGUCGGCAUGUUGUUGGGGCCCUUACUAACCUGGAUAUACAUGCGGUUUGCCAGCCGGCCAGGGUUUAGCUGGCCUGUCAUGCUCUUCUUCUCCCUGUAUAGCAUGGGUCUGGUUGAGCUGGUGGGCCGGCACUAUUUCCUAGAGCUGAGGCGGCUGAGCCCUUCCCUGUACAGCGUGGUCCCUGCUUCACAGUGUUGCACCCCUGCCAUGCUCUUCCCUGCCCCUGCAGCCCGCCGGACCCUCACCUACCUGUCCCAGGUGUACUGCCACAAGGGCUUCGGCAAGGACAUGGCACUGUACUCACUGUUGAGGGCCAAGGGGGAGAGGGCCUAUGUGGUGGAGCCCAAUCUCGUGAAACACAUUGGGCUCUUCUCCAGCCUUCGGUAUAACUUUCACCCCAGCCUGCUCUAGCCUGCCAAGAGAUGCCUUUCUGAAAUUGGCCACUUCUUGGAGAUUCAACUCUUGAGCUCCUUGUUUGGACAUAGUUGCUUGCAGAUAUUUCAUUGUUUAAGGUUGCUAGGGAUACAGGCAGUGGGAUGGCCGAGGAACAUACACAUCAAGAACCUUGGCUUUGGUAACUCUGGCAGGAGCAAACUGUUCACUGUGGGUCCAGAUGUCUUGCCCUGCACACAGCCACACUGCCUCAUGCAGUCUGACCUACCCGCCGAAGAGCAUUUAAAUACCAGUUAAAUUCUCCAAUUGUUUUUCGCUCUGCUUCUUGAUAGAGUUUGUGACUGGCAAAAAUAUUGUGCACAGUGAUAUGACCAAUUUAGGAUUUUAAGGGUAGAGUUUGGUGAAAGGUGAGAUUCUUUUGCAGUGAUCUCUUUCUUAUUGGGAAUAAGAAUGGGUAUAUGUUUAAAAUACAUGUCCCAAGAAGCAGGACCAUGUUGAUAGAUUCUAUUAGUUUCCUUGACCUGGUGUAAUAAAAGCCACACAGUGCCCGACACUUUGGAGGCUGGUGACCUGGCUUCUGUUACCUGGUGUUUUCUUUUCCACACAUCUGUAAUGCACUGAUACAGUUUUGUUUGUGAGAACUUUAAAGCACAGCAAGAUCUGGAAGUACCUUCUGGAUCAUCAAAGUUAUAUUGUUUAUGUUUAGUAGUGAUUUAAUAUUGAAGAUUUCUAUUCUGUUCUGAUUCUUUGAAAGUUGGACAUUGCAGGAUAAUAUAGAAUGGGUGAGCACUUUGCUGAUAGCAUAUCCUUUACUCUGUCUUUGCUGACUAAUCAUUCACCCUCAUUUCUGUUUCUUCUAUUGUAGCAUGAUGUUAUAGAAGAAAAAGUAUGGACUGUGAAGUCAGAAGAGUUGAAUUUCAGCUCUCUGUCAUGUCCUAGUAGUGUGAACUUGGGCAAGUCAUAAGCCCUCUGAGUCUCAAGUUUUUCACCUGUAAAAUGGGGAUGGUGAUACCUAACAUUUAAAGUUGGUUUGAGGAUUAAAUGACAGAACGUAUGUAAAACACUUAGCAAGUGCAUAGCUCAUAAAGGGUCCUUGGCAAAUAUUGGUUCUUUUCUCUCCUAUAAUAAGCAUAUGGAACUCAAAUGUAUUUUGGAUAAAGGUAUUAGUGAUAUUGUUUAAAUAUGAGAUGGAGCAUAGAGCUGAUACCUAUGGAGCAGCUGUUCCAGACCACACACUGCUAGAAUAACUUUUCUAGCUGACUUUUCAUUGUGACUUAAGAAGGAUGUGCAGCUCAGUUUCAUCUAGCCCCACCUGCAACCAAGCCCAAAAUAAGAUGUGUUCACUCAAACUGGAAAUGAUGAGACUCCUCUUGAGCUUUUUCCAAAACUAAUGUUAGAAAAUAACUCUUCUCAAAAGUUACAAAUAAACAUCAUUUGAUAAUACUUACCAAACGGGUGACAACCAGGUCCCUCUAUGAAGAUGGGUGAUUAUAUUAGAAUUCAAGCAGCUGUCCACUUUGUUUCAGUGCCAACAUUUUCCAUUUGCUUUUAAGUUUCCACAGUGAACUACUAUCUUGGGAUCUGCUCAAGAACACUGAGGGAGCAUACAUGAACUCAUGCCCACACUUUAUAGAUGAACAAACUGAGGCCCAGAGAUGUUAAAGGAUUUCUCCAGGAUCACACAGCUGAACAGCAGCAGAGAGGACUGGAAUGUAGUAGGUUUUCUGACUUGCAGCCCUUGCAUUUUUUUCUUAACCACAUUCAUUUUAUAAAUAUCUGUGUUGUCAAAUUCUCCUUUGUGAAAUCUGAUUGUAACCUGGACUAAAUAAUGUCUCUGUAAGCUAAAAUGGUAAAACUCCCUGUGGUGUUGGUCUUGGGGCGCAAACAGGUAUCAGUAUGUGUUGUGUUGUUACGGUGAGCUCUUACAUAUCCCCCAGGAAUGUCCAACGUAAUCAGAGCUACUAGAUGACUUAUUGAGAUGUUCAGAUUCCACCCCUUCAUCCCUCUUUCCCAGUAACUAGUCCAGCCCCAUGUUUGAGAAUAGAAUCACCUCCAACCUACAACUCAUUAGAGUUUGUUGCAUUAACAGUUGAAUCUCCUCAUGAAAAUUCUAUGUGCAAUGUCAGGACAUCUAAGCUAGCCAAGUUCCAGAUUGGAAUCAUUGCUGGUUUCCAUUUCUGCUCUCUGCAAUUCAGUUGCUUACCUGCAAGCAGAAAUCCUUUCCCCUUACUCCCUCAUUCUGGGUGGCUAAGAUCAUCUUUGCCUUGUCUACUUUCCCUACCUACACACUAAGACAUCUUAGCCCACUGAUCUUAACUAGGGUCUGCCAUCCUUGGACAUUUUCUGCAAAAGCAGAAAUCCUACCCACUUAUAUCCCUACCCAUUUCUAGAUCUCCUUCCCUUUUGUCCUUUAUUCCUAGAGUCCAAAUUGUGUAUGUUGUCCUGGUUUAGGACAGCUGACAGCUUUACACCAAAGCUGAAGCAUCUUGUUUAAUCCUAUGCAAGGGGGCUAGAAGGGCACUAAAAUCCCCUUCUGAUAUUGAGGGAUAGAGGUUACCAGGAGGGCGAAGGUCUCUAACAGUCCUGCUUACCUUUCAGAAUAUAAAUUAUUGUGAGGCCUAAGAAGCUCCCUUUUGUGACUUAGUGUAUGUGCAUAGACAUAUCAGUUCAAAUAAAUGUACCCCUUCCACUGAGGCAUCCUGAGAAGACUUGUUCUCUCCUUUCUAUGCAUGGGUUUUUCUGAUGUGGCAAAUAGUAUAUACUGAACCCUCCCCCACACUUAUACUAUAGUGGGGCCCGAAGGUAGGCAUUCAAAAGGAUGGGCUGUGGAUGUGAGGGCAAUCUGGCUGUAACACCUGUCACCCCAUUGAUUGCCAAGGUUGAUUGGGCUCAUCUGGCAAACUCGGUGGGUGUCCCCUUCCUCCCUCACUGCUCCAUGAGCUUCCCUCCUGAAGCUGUGCACUCAGCAGAAGAGGAAGACCAUCCCUGAUGGAGGAGGACUGUUCUGCAAGAACCUCCAAACAAACUCUCAGAAGUAUAAGUUGUUUGCUUAAAAACUUGUAACUGAUUUCACUGUAUUCCUUUUUCUUUUCUUUUUUUUUCUUUCUUUCUUUUUUUUUUUUUUUUUUUUUUUUUUUUUUUUUUUUUUUUUGCCACACCUGCAGCAUAUGGAAGUUCCUGGGCCAGGGAUUGAACCCACGACCCAAACCUCCACAGUGACAAUGCUGGAUCUGAACCUGCUGAGCCACAAGGAAAAUCCCUUGUUGUCUUUCUUAAAUGGAAGCGUUUGAGUUGUGCUUUUUUUUUUUCUUUGCUUUUUAUUUUUUAUUUUUUUCAUUUUAUAAUGAUUUUUAUUUUUUCUAUUAUAGCUGGUUUACAGUGUUCUGUUGAUUUUUUUGCUUUUGAAAAUAAUUUUUUUAAAUGGUGAGAAAACUACAGUGCAACUAGAGAAUACAAAUAGGAUUAAUAUAAUGAUAAGAUUAAUUUAAUUUACCUUGGAUACAUUCCUCAUUUGGGGGAAUUUAUUUAAUUGGUAACUUUAUCUGGGUGAAGAGGCAUUCUAAUUGGAGUUGAUUACUGUGGGAUUUUUAUAUCCUCUAUGAUGCAUUAUGAAAUACAGUAACAUGAUAUAAAAUUGGAUAAUUUUAAGUCACAGGAACUAUUUGGAUAUUUUUAUCCCAACUACAAUGAAUUUGCUGAGAAAUGCUCAUUAACUGGCACUGGUUUUUUUGUUUGUUUGGAAAACCUUUGGGGCUACAUCAAAGAUGAUUGGAAAUGUAAUUUUAAAGUACCUAAUAUAACUGCAGUUGAGAUAUACUUGGCUUUCCAGAUCAUUCCAGUACUUAGAUUACAGCAUUGCUGUGAGUCAUCACUGCAAUGAGUGAUGAUUUUUGGCUUAAAGUGUAACAAUUUUCUUGAUCUUUUCCUAACAACCUAUGCAGAACCAUGGAUGAGUGAUUUUUUAAAAAGCAUCUAUGUUAACAAUUUGGGGGUAAAAACAGAUGAAAAUCCAAGGACAAAUGAUGAAUUCAUCAAAAAGAAACAAAGGCCAGUUAGCAUAAGUAUGUAGGAAUGGGGCAGCUUGGAGAGAUGGGGAAGUAAGAUAAGGGUGUAGAGUGAAGCAGAAGGUCUCAGCUUUGCCAUCAGUUGUGUGCCAAACUCUGUUAUGCAAUAAAUCCUUUAUAGAUCUGCCCUAAGUCAAGAAAUCUUUAUAGGACCAGCCUAUGGAGAAUACAAAGAAACUAAACAAUGGAUAGUCAAUUGUUCUGGAUAAAUAAUUCAUCAUUUUGCUAGGACCUGGCUUCCCAUUGCAUAUAGAAUAAAAUCCAACCCCUUACAUUACUUCCCAGACCAGAUGCGACCUGCCCUUGAAAACCUCUAACCACUCUCCAAACUCUAACCACACCUGCUUUCUUUCACUUCCUUGAACUUGUUACACCGGUUCUUACUACAAAAGGACUUUGUACUUCAUUCUCUCUAUCUGGAAUGUUUUUCUCAUAGCUGAAUCAUUCCUAUGAUAUAGGUCUCCAUUAAACUUUAAUCUCUCCUCCCCCAACAGACUUUCCGACUGAUCUAAAGCAGUCUUUAAUCUAGUUUGAUUCCCUUCAAAGCUCUUGUUAUUACCUGAAGUAGGUAUUUUUUUCCCCUCCAUUCUUCCAUUCCCCCACCGCUACAGAAAAUAAGCUCCAAAUAACAGGGGUCUUUUAGGUUUCAUUCACGACUCUAUCCCUCAACUUAGAACAAUACCUGACACAUAGUAGGAAAUGAAUGAGAGAGAGAGAGAUGGGGUAGCUGGGAGAUGAAAGAAAAGAAGGAAGGGAGAAAAAGAGUAAAGGGAUCCACAGUGGAACUGCCUACAAAAAAUAAGAAUACUGGAGGAAGAGAAAUAGGACCAGGGAAGAGAAUUAGAAGGAGAGGAACAAAGUCGGAGCCAGGUAGUGAGGGUUGGUUACCAUGUACAAUUUUGAUGCCAAAAAGUUUUUUUGCAUGCAUUCCAGGCAAAGGGAAUGGCAAGUUCAAGAGGCACUUUUUAUAUACCACAUAGCUACUUUUUUCUUUGUUGUUUUUAGGGUUUUGUUUUUAGUGUGUGUGUUUCGAGUCAUGUGUGUUUGUGAUGGGAAGGGUGGGGCAAUGUCCAUGGGUGUUAUUCUUAGUGGAGGGCUGGGUUUUCUCCUUCAGACUUCAACUGCUGCAUCUUCCUGGUUUUGCCAAUAGGAAUCAUCUAAACAUGAACACCACCCAACGGUGGCUCCACAGCCUAAUCUGGGACUUUUAGGCAAGAGGCUGGAAAGAGAAUGAAGGAAAGAUCACUCCCUUGUACCAGUGACCUCAAGUUCUAUCAGUAAGUGGAGAGAUGAUUUAAGUCUUACGGUGUAGCUCUGGGUGGUAGAGGUGACCUGUAGCCAAACGUUAUAUGACUUAACACAAACCAAGGAUAGAGAGGUAAACCGCCCCAGAAACAGGAUGGGAGGGACAGAAACUCUUUAAGGAUCAUUUUUUCUGGUACCUGACUUGAGUGUCCUUUGUUAGUGUAGCUUUGUUUAAAUGUGAGCAAGUUGAGUCCUCCGCAAAAUUCAUGCCCUGGCAACAUGUUAGACAGAGAAUGAAUCCCAUCUCAAUUUGUACCCAGCGAAAAUGUAAACCCUGGCGUUGCUGUGACCUGGGGACCUGAGACCAUGGUUGCUUACAGAGGUCAGCAGUCCAUACUUUUAAAACACAAGUCAACUAGUAUGUAGAUUUCUUUCUAGCAACAUGUUUGGGUAAUUACUCUUGUCCUUCUCAACUGCACUCCUUUCCAGCCCUGACAAAUACACAUCCAGAAUCCAUAACCAUCUGGGGUUCAGCAAAAAGACCUUGAUUUUCAUCAAGCUCCUCUUCCAAUGAGGUUUAUGAUAAGGGAGAGGUAGAAUUACAUCUUCCCUAAAUGUGACAGAAUACUUGCCCUUUUUUGAAUGAGAAAAGCAAAAGUAACCACAUUUUAAAAGUUGUUUCAAAAAAAGAUACGUGUCUGUCACAUUCAAAAUCAUAGUUCAUGUAUUAUUCUGCAAGGAACUACAUCGAACAAAUUAAUCAUAAGUAAAUCUAAAUUUAGCAGUCGACCCUCAUCUUAAUAAAUGCCUAAAUCAUAUUAGCAAUA